CCCCAAAGCCUGCUUCCCGGCCCCCCGCAGAGGCGGCGCCUGGAGCAGAGUCCGGGUGCCUGGUGCCGGCUGCGCGCGUCUCCUCCUCUGCAUCUGCGGCAGGCGAGCUGUCAGCCACCCACCCCACCGCCGGCCCCUGGUGCUCCCGGCCGCCUGAGCCCCCCAGAGGAACCUCCCUGCAAUGACAGAAAACCUUCCCGGCUGGGGCUGCUCGAGAGCUCAAGGUCAUCACCCUAAUCAGUCCCUCCCUCCUGGCUGCCUUUCUCAUGUCUGUAAAGUACAGCAUAAUAACUACCAUCACAAGCUGCAUUUAAGGGUCAGCAGUCACCGGGCUAAGCACUUUGUGCACCUGAUGAAGCUGGGCUGCGAGGAUGUGGUCCAGCCUGCAUGACUGGCUGUGGCACGAGAGGUUCUGGCUCCCCCCGAACGUCUCAUGGGCUCAACUGGAGGACCGCGAUGGCCUGGUCUUCCCCCACCCCCGGGACACACUGAUGGCUCUGCCCCUGGCGCUGGCCCUGGUGGUCGUUCGCUUCACCUUCGAGAGAUUCAUUGGCCUGCCCCUGAGCCGGUGGCUGGGCGUGCGGAACCAGACCAGGAGGCCAGCGAAGCCCAAUGCCACGCUGGAGAAGUACUUCUUAAUGAAAGGGCGGAAACCCACAGAGUCCCAGAUGAACCUCCUGGCCACCCAGUGUGGCCUCACACUGCGGCAGACUCAGUGCUGGUUCCGGAGACGCCGGAAUCAGGACCGGCCCUGCCUGACCAAGAAGUUCUGUGAGGCCAGCUGGAGGUUUGCCUUCUAUCUGUGCUCCUUCAUCAGUGGAACCAUGGUUCUUUAUCACGAGUCGUGGCUGUGGACGCCGGUCACGUGCUGGGAAAAUUACCCACAUCAGCCCAUGAAGCCAGGCCUGUACCACUGGUACCUCUUGGAGCUGAGUUUCUACGUCUCUCUGCUGAUGACACUGCCCUUUGACACCAAGCGCAAGGACUUCAAGGAGCAGGUGAUCCAUCACUUCGUGACCAUCAUCCUGAUCAGCUUCUCCUAUAGCUUGAAUCUGAUGCGCAUCGGCUCCCUGGUGCUGCUGCUGCAUGAUUCCUCCGAUUACCUGCUGGAGGCCAGUAAAUUGUUCAACUACACACGCUGGCGGCGCCUGUGCGACACUCUGUUCAUCAUCUUCUCGCUGGUUUUUUUCUACACUCGCCUUGUGCUCUUCCCCACCCAGAUCCUCUAUACCACGUACUACGAGUCCAUUAUCAACCUGGGCCCCUUCUUCGGCUACUACUUCUUGAACAUACUUCUGGUGGUUCUACAGCUACUGCAUGUGUUCUGGUCUUGCCUCAUCCUCCGCAUGAUCUACAGCUUCAUAAAGAAAGGCCAGAUGGAGAAGGAUGUUCGCAGUGACGUGGAGGAGUUAGACUCCAGCGAUGGGGAGGCGGCCGAGGAGUGUCCUCAGAUGAAGAACGGGGCGGCGCCGCGGCCCGGAGCAGCCCCCACUGACGGCCCUCGGAGCCGGGCAGUCGGUCGCAUGGCCAACGGGCACACACCAGACACGUAGCCGGCCAGAGGACUGGCCGCGAGGGGGCUGCCCCAGCGCCGGGCAGCUCCGAUCUGUGGGGCAGCUGGACUGGGGGAUCUCGGGCAGACUUUGUGGAGACGGGGAGGGCCCCAGGUGGGUGGGGCUGAUGAUCAGUCUCCAGCCCCUUCCUUCAACCCACCCUCCCGCCUUCUCUGAGCAACCGACGGAGCUGCGGGAAGGGAGGAGGGGCGGCGGGCAGCUACACGGACGCUGCAGCCCGCCAGCGCCACCUGCAGGCUGCAGCCUGGCAAAUGUGAAGAGCCCCGGGCUGAAAGGGGUCCAAUAAACAUUGACCGGAA